AUGAAGAUACUUUCACUUCAUAUACAGCCACUUGUUGCUCUCACAGUUUAUCUCCCUUUUGCCGUCUCUCUUUGCGGUAGAAACAGACCUCUCAUUUUCAACUUCGGCGAUUCAAACUCAGACACCGGCGGCAUCACCGCCGGUCUGGGAUUGGAAUUCCAUUACCCUUACGGCCGAUCCUUUUUCCGGCGACCGACCGGCCGAGCGUCCGAUGGGCGGCUGGUCAUUGAUUUCCUCUGUGAACAUCUUGACACGAAAUACUUGAGUCCGUAUUUGGAUUCUUUGGAAUCCGACUUCUCGAAUGGAGUCAACUUUGCAGUAACUGGAUCGUGCACGCUCCCUAAACUUCGGCCCUUCAAUUUGAAUAUUCAAAUUCUUCAGUUCAAGCACUUCUACAACCGCUCAGUGGAGCUUCAUUCGAAAGGUCACGUAAAUUUGGUGGGAAAGGAUGACUUCAAGAACGCACUUUACACAUUUGAUAUUGGGCAAAAUGAUCUCUCGGGUUCAUUUGGCGCCCUCUCAUAUGCUGAAACCAUUGAAAGAAUCCCUUCUUUCAUAUCCGAAAUCAGAGAUGCUUUGUGGGCCAUAUAUCAACUCGGUGGGCGGAAUUUCUGGGUGCACAGCACAGGACCAUUGGGUUGUUUACCUCGAGAAAUUGCCCUUAGAGAAAAACUAAAUAACAGCAAUUUCGACCAAUAUGGAUGCUUAAAGUCUUUGAACGACGUUGCAAAAGCAUUCAAUGCGGAGCUAAAUGCCCUUUGUGAACAGCUACGAUCUCAAAUGGAUAACUCCAAGAUCGUCUAUGUGGAUGUCUACUCCAUCAAGUAUGAUCUCAUUGCAAAUUCCACAUCAUAUGGUUUCAAAUAUCCGUUGAUGGCUUGUUGUGGAUAUGGCGGGCCGCCUCACAACUAUGUUGAUGAUUUUGACAAGACAUGUUUGGGCACUCGAUUUAGUGUUUGUGACGAGGGAACACCGUACGUAAGUUGGGAUGGAGUUUAUUACACGGAGGCUGCUAAUGCCAUUGUUGCCUUGAAAAUACUUUCGACUCUUUACUCGUCUCCACCAUUGAAGUUUGACUUCUUUUGUAACUCGAAAGCAAUUGAAGUUUGA